CUGAUCGCGUACUCCAAUUUUUAUCAACAGCCAGAAGACGCCUAAACGCGUCUUGGCCUCUGACUGCAGAGAAUGGCAUUUAUAAACAACUUAUUCUUUGCAAUGAUGUUAAUAAAGCUAGAUUCUAUGAUAUAAUAUAUCUAAAAUCUCUAUGGUGUGAUCAAGAUUCAAAACUCGGUUUGGCUGCUUGUUGAAGAUGUCAACCACGGCAAAAUGAGGUUAUAUCUUAUUUUGAUAACAAUUUGUUUUUUAUGGAAUCGGAGCGAAUGUUCAAUGCCUGGUGCAAAUAAAAGUGCUGAUCAACAGUUGGAUUACAGACCAUAUGGUCCAUUAGUAUUGUGUAAAUUUUUACCUAAAGAGUUUAUAGAAUGUGAAGAUCCAGUUGAUCACAAAGGAAAUAAAACUGCCAAAGAAGAGACAGGUUUUGGUUGUGUUAAGUUUGGAGGAUCUCGUUAUGAAGAUGUCGAGAAAACCAAGGUGUCUUGUACAGUGCUUCCGGAUAUUGAAUGUUCCGGAUCAAGAACAUUCUUUCGUGAGGGAGUGCCAUGUAUAAAAUACAGCGAACACUAUUUUGCAACGACUCUUCUGUACAGCAUUCUGUUGGGUUUUCUCGGCAUGGAUCGGUUUUGCCUUGGGCAAACGGGGACAGCAGUAGGUAAAUUAUUAACAUUAGGAGGGAUGGGUAUAUGGUGGAUUGUUGAUGUGAUCUUGUUGGUGACAAACUCUUUGCAACCUGAGGAUGGAAGCAAUUGGAAUCCAUAUGUAUAGCAUUUCCACACUGAUAAAAUCAGGGAUCAUUUUUUGUAUGCAAUUUAUAGUUUAUAAUUAAUUUUGUAAAUAAAUCAUUGUGAUGUUCCAAA